AUGCAGCUUCCAAACUGGCCUUCACUCGAUCGACUUCAUGCCGGUCUUGCGCUGAACACGUCCAUCUGUCUCCAUCUUCAAUCUCUCGCCUCAUCACGCUUCGCUCGUGCUCCAACCUUCUCAGUGCACACCAACGAUAGCUUCACCACGUCACAAUCACUUCCGUCACCUGUCCUCUCCUCCGUUCAGCUCUGGUCGACUGUCCUGAACUUCGUAGCGAUUCUGUCCAUCAUGGACCUUCAUGACGCCAAACAUCUGCCUCCUGCUUCAUCGAGUCACAUUCGCCAGGAUGAACCUGAACCGUUCCGCUUGCUGGACCUUCCUGCUGAGAUCAGACUCAUGAUCUAUAGCUAUGCGUUCGGAUACCGAAACGUUUGUUGGACGGUGAAACCUUGUAACGUCGAUAAAUCUCUGCUGAUGCUGAGCGACCAAUAUGAUGCAAAUGUUGGAACCGAUGUCAUUCCUCGUCGUUGUCCUGUUAACCUCUUGCGAACCUGCAAGUUGAUCUCACAAGAAGCACAUUCAAUUCUAUACAACCAAACACGUUUUGAUUUUCGUUAUCGAAGAUUUGCGUCUGAGUUCCCCUACAGGUACCGGCUUCCAGUCACGCCUUGGUGGAUAAGCGAACAUGUUCUCAGCGUGGCUCAAGCUGUUCUCCAAUCCGUCAAACAUAUUCGCAUUCACUUCGACGACAGUGCAUUAGGCAUCCUCUUCUGGAGGUUCUACCUUUUGCGCAAGUAUCUAGAUUCUGGGCGACAUCUCAAAUCGCUACGAUUUGCUUUCAGUGGACCUAACCCCCUGGACUCUUUUUGGAGAGCAGAGGACUUUGGGGAUUUCUUCUGCCUUGGGUCGCACCAUGGCAAUGCUACAUUGGACUUUGGCGACAGCGAUCACACGGACGAGGACAUUGCACGAUUCAAGGAGCUUCUCGAAGAGCCUGUGCAAGAAUAUUCCAUCAGCAUAAUCAAGAAGAGCGAUGAUUCAAAUCGCAAGAAAGAUUGGUGGACCGAACUUGCCAUUUAA